AUGAACACCACGUUUGCGAGUUCCCUGUUGAAGGCAUUGCCUUCAGUUGGUCGGCAAUGCCAACUUCGUACCUCUUCGAUUCGGCUCAUCAGACCGUUCUCCUCAACCCAUGCAACAUCCGCGUCGGAUGCUAAAGGCAAGAACCGGCAAAUUGAGAGGCAGAUUCUGAAUGCGAAGCCCGAGGCAGCCGCUGACGAGAACUCUGCCCUCUCCGCGAUCACCAAGAUGAUGCAGGGAGAGAGGACUCGCACAAAUCAGAAUGUGAGCCGUGAUUACUCCAGAAUGGCAGAGAGCCUGGAAGCCGAAAUGAUUAAGCAACCCUACGCCGACCGUGCUCCUCCGCACCACCUACACGUCUUCUCACAUAAACACAACACUAUUUUGACCUUGACACGGCCUAAUGGCAACCCACUGUUAUCCAUGAGCUCCGGCCAUCUCGGUUUCCGCAAAGGACAUCGUUCGGGAUACGACCCAGCAUACCAGUUGACGUCCCAUGUGUUCGGUCAGAUGCAGGAACGGGGCUAUCUUCUUGAUAUCAAUCGGUUGGAGAUCGUAUUUCGCGGGUUUGGACUGGGUCGUGAGGCUUUCACCAAGGUUCUCCUGGGUAACGAGGGUAAGAACAUUCGUGGGCUAGUCAGUCGCGUCACGGACUCGACUCGUAUAAAGUUUGGUGGUACCCGAAGCAGGAAGGUGCGGAGACUCGGUUAG